CUGGUGCGGGACAUACAGCGGGACUCCAAAGACGCCACCACCAUCUACCUUGCCACCGACCCGGACCGAGAGGGGGAGGCCAUUGCCUGGCACCUGGAGGCCUUCGAGCAGCCCAGGGACAUUGACCUGAACCUGGUCAAUGCACAACAGACGCGUCGCAUCCUGGACAGGCUGGUGGGCUACAAGCUCAGCCCCGUCCUGUGGCGGAAGGUUGUACACCACUACGCCCGGCGGAGGGCCCUCUCUGCGGGCCGCGUCCAGUCGGUGGCGCUGCGCCUCGUAGUGGACAGGGAGCGGGAGAUACAGGCCUUCGUUCCCAAGGAGUACUGGACCAUCGAUGCGCACCUUGAAACCACGGCGGCUGCCGCUCGCGGCUUCAAAGCGGCCCUCCACUCCCUGCGCGGGCAGAGGGGCAGGCUGGAAAUCCCGUCGGAGGUGAACGCCGCAAAGCUGGUCGCCGACCUGGAGGGAGCCGCCUACAAGAUUUCCAGCGUCAAGACCCGGCAGAUCCGGCAGAGGCCGGCCGCGCCUUUCACCACAAGCUCGCUCCAGCAGGAGGCGUGGCGGAAGCUGCGCUUCUCCACCAGCAAGACCAUGAUGCUCGCCCAGCAGCUCUACGAAGGGAUGGACAUGGGAGACGAGGGCUCGGUGGGGCUCAUCACCUACAUGCGCACCGACUCCACCACCCUCUCGUCCCAGGCCCUUCGCGAGGCGCAGGCGUACAUACGCAAGCAGUACGGCGCUGAGUACGCCCCCAAAUCGCCCAGAACGUACAAAACCAAGAGCAAGUCCGCACAGGAGGCCCACGAGGCCAUACGGCCUACCUCCAUUCCAAGAGAUCCCGACAGCAUCGCCAGGCUACUGUCCCGCGACCAGCUCAGGCUGUACGACCUGAUUUGGAAGCGCACCCUGGCCAGCCAGAUGGCCGACGCCCUCCUGGACUCCACGUCCGUGGACAUCGACGCCUCCACCACGUCCGGCAACGCCUAUAUGUUCAGGGCUACUGGCAGCGUCCUCAAGUUCCCCGGCUUUCGCCGGCUAUACCUUGAAGACGUGGACGACUCCUCGGACGAGGGCGAUCAGGCCCUGCUGCCGGAGAUGAAGGAGGACGACGUCCUGAAGUGCCUGGGGCUUGACCCAAAGCAGCACUUCACACAGCCUCCUCCCAGAACAGACACUACGUCACCAAAACGGCCGGGCGCUUCACGCCCGCCGCCCUCGGGCAUCACCGUGUGCGACCUGCUCAACCAGAACUUCCCGGACAUUAUGAACGCGGGCUUCACCGCCCAGAUGGAGGAGGACCUGGACGAGAUAGCCCAGGGCAACCGCGAGUGGGUGCCUAUGCUCGGCGAAUUCUACCAGGGCUUCAGCAAGUCCGUUGAAGAGGCGAUGGACAUCCCCAGGAUGAAGGUCGAAGACGAGCUGACGGACCAGAUGUGCGAGGAGUGCGAGAGGCCAAUGGCCAUCAAGAUGGGACGUUUCGGGCCUUUCCUCUCCUGCACCGGCUUCCCGGAGUGCAGGAGCAGCAAGCCAUAUCGCAUACCCACCGGGGCCAACUGCCCCCGCUGCGACGGCGACCUUGUACAGAGGCGCGGCGGUCAAGCGGGGUUCGACAUUCUACUGGCUGCUCCAACUACCCCACCUGCGACUUUUCCGUCAGGCAGCGCCCCCUGCCACAGCCAUGCCCCGAGUGCGGUGCUCUGCUCCUGGCCGCAGCACGGAACAGGGCGCGUUGCACCGCUUGCGACUUCCAGGGAGACGCCCCUGAAAUCGGAGCAGGAGCAGGACAAGGAGCAGGAAUACCUCCAAGAGUACAGGGACCACCUUCGAGGGGAGCGCAGCCUGUCCGAGUACACCGUUAGGAACUACCUGAACGACCUGGCCCCGUUCUUCCAGUUCAUGGAGGAGCAGGGCGUCGAAUCCCCCACUGAGGUCGAUCGCGGCUUCCUGAGGCGCUACGUUGCCUGGCUCAUGUCCAGCCGGCCCAUCCAAACGGGCCGAUCCCAGAUAAAGCGGGGACAUGAGAGGGCAAGCGUCACCAGGUCCCUGGCAGCCCUCCGCUCCUUCUUCCGCUAUCUGGUAAGUAGGGGAGUUGUGCCACCCAGCCCCCUGUGGAAGCGUGGCAGCCGCCAGUCCAGGGCGCUGAUACCCAAGGCGGAGAAAACCCUCCCCCGUAUCAUGGGCAAGGAGGAGGUUGUGGACCUGCUGACCACGCCGGACGACCCUGAGACCAAGGACAAGCCCAAGUCGCCGGCAAUGCAGAUUCGGGACAGGGCGAUCCUGGAGGUGCUCUACGCCACCGGCCUGAGGGUGAGCGAGCUAUCAGGGUUGGAUAUGAAGGACGUGGAUAUGACGCGCCGGCGGGUCAGGACUAUAGGCAAGGGGUCCAAGGAGCGAGAGGUGGUCUUCGGCAAGCCAGCGCAAGAGGCCCUGGAGCGCUACAUCAACGAGGGGCGUCCCAAGCUGGGUGGUCGGAGACCGACGCCCUGUUCCUCAACCGCUUUGGCGGCCGUCUCACCAAGCGCUCCGUACAGGAGAUGGUCAAACGCUACAGCCUCCAGUCCACUGACACCAAGACUCCUGAUAAUCAACGGGCCAAACCUGAACAUGCUGGGGCAGCGCGACCCCGCCAUCUACGGCUCCAUGUCCCUGCACGACAUAGAGGAGGCGGUGCAACGCCGCGCCCAGGAGCUUGGGACGGACGAGCGACCGGAUGAAAGCAAGGCUGGACAAGAUAAGGGCAAGUUCGAGGAGACAGGCGUUGACGCCCUGAUGAUAUCGUCCGGGGAGAACCGGCGAUACCUGUCGGGAUUUACAGGCUCGGCCGGUUCCCUAUUCAUAACCGCAACGGAUGCCGUGCUGUCCACGGACUUCCGCUACGUGGAGCAGGCCGGUCAGCAAUCGCCGGACUUUCGCGUCCACCGCAUGAGGGGCGGCGUUGACUGGCUCACCGGUCUCCUGGGCGAGCUGGGGAUUCACCGCCUGGGUUUCGAGAGCCAGCACGUUACCGUUGCCUCCCACUCAGGCAUCCUCAAAGUCCAUCAGCGAAAGCAGCCCCAGCCUGGACGUCGCCCUCGUGGCUACCUCCGGACUGGUGGAAGAGCUUCGCUCCGUGAAGGACCCGAGGAGAUGGCAAUACUCACCAGAGCCAUAGACAUUGCAGAUCAGGCCUUUGCCCAGAUUGCCCCGACCAUCCGGCCAGGCCACACGGAGGUUGAGGUGGCGUGGAUGCUGGAGAGGGCCAUGCGUGAACUUGGAGCGGAGUCGGUCUCAUUCGAGACCAUUGUGGCAGCCGGGCCAAACGCCGCCCUGCCCCAUCACAGGCCCGCGGACGUGCCCAUUCUGGAGGGCCAGCCCCUGAUAAUCGACAUGGGCGCCAAGUACGAGGGCUAUUGCAGCGACCUCAGCCGCACCAUCUGCCUGGGCCAGUAUGACGACACCUUCCGCAAGAUUUACGACACCGUUCUCGGAGCGCAGCUUACGGCGAUUGCCACGGUGGAAAAGGGCAUGACCGCCGGGGACGCCGACGGCCUGGCGCGGGCGGUGAUCGAGGAGGCGGGCUACGGCGACAACUUCGGCCACAGCCUGGGACACGGCGUCGGCCUGGCCGUCCACGAGCUGCCCGGCGUGGGGCCCAACUCCACGAUGGUGCUGGAGGACACGAUGGCCUUCACCGUUGAACCGGGCAUAUACAUCACAGGAUGGGGCGGUGUCCGCAUAGAGGACGUGGUUGUGCUGGAGAACGGCAGGGCCAGGGUAAUCAGCAAAGCCCCAAAGCAAGACAGGAUCGGAGUAUAG